AUGGGUCACGCUGGACAGUUGGUCAACAUGCUGCGUCUGGUGGGUGGAAGAUUACUCGUGAAUUUUGCAGGUAUGCCUGGUGUUUUGAGCAUCAGCAGCAGGUGCGCAACAGAUUCUGCAACAGCAACUACAGCCACAGGAGCAACGAUCUUUACUCUUUCAGCGUUUACCAUUGUUACAGGAUCAACUGCUCUUGCAACAACCAGGUCUCUGUUGCAGCAACCACUAGUGGGACGAUCCUUAGCGACUGAGCCUUUGAUCCGAACGCUGCAACGACCUUCGCCGCAAGGACAAUCUCCUGUCCAGCCGUUGCUGCUUGCAUCUUUUGUUCAACAGCAGCAACCUUUGUUACAGCAAAGGCAACAACUGAUCCAACAGCCUAUGGUGCAAGAACAGUCUUUGUUCCAACAGCCUUUGGUGCAAGUCUUUGUUCCAACAGCCUUUGGUGCAAGAACAGUCUUUGUUCCAACAGCCUUUGGUGCAAGAACGGUCUUUGUUCCAACAGCCUUUGGUGCAAGAACAGUCUUUGUUCCAACAGCCUUUGGUGCAAGCAGCACUAGUCCAGCAACCUUUUGUACAACCAGCUUUGGUCCAACCUACAAAACAACCUUUGGUCCAACGACCUCUGGUUCAACCUCUUUUACAACAGCAGCCUUCGGUACAGCAAUCUGUAGUACAACAGCAGCCUCUAUUCCAGCAACCCAUGACACAAGAACAAAUUCAAUUCCAGCGACCUCUGGUUCUCCAGAAACCUACACAACAGCAACCUCGGGUAAGGCAAACUGGGGUACAAAAGCAACCUCUCUUCCGACAACUUUUAAACCAAGAACGACCCAUAGUGCAAGACUCUUUGGUACAAGAACAGCCUCUACUACAGCAAUCAUUGUUGCAGCGGCAGCCUAUACCUCAACAACCUUUGAUAUCACAAGUACCUUUGGAACAAGAGCAACUACUGCAACGAUCUAUGGUGCAGCAGCCCUUCAUACAGCAGCCCUUGGCGCAGUUGCUGCCUUUAGCACAACGGCAACCUUUAUUACAGGAACAGUCACUGGUACAACAGCAGCCAGCAAUACAACCAGUGAGGGAACAAGCACUGGCACAAUUUCUGAUCCGAGAGCGACCUUUUGUGCAGCAACCUCUGUCGCGAGACCAGUUUCUGGUGCAACAACAGCCUUCGGUACCACGGGAAACCCUGGAACAGCAGCUGCCACUGACCCAACGUAUAGUACAAUUUGCAAGACGACAAAAUACAAUGCAAGGCCGUCGUUUGGCACAGCGGCCAUUUGUAGGGAUUCAACCAACACGUGUUCAAGCGGCAGUUGUUCAGCCAACACACGUUCAGGCGGCAAUUGUUCAACCGUCCGGACAGGCCAUCCGAGACAGAGGCGAUCGCAGUCAUGUACACACCGUUCCCCUCUCUUCCCCGCCAGCUACACGGCUCCUGACGGCGAGGUAGUCAACGUCGAGUACAUCGCGGACGAGAAUGGAUACCGUGCCUACUCCGUUCCUCCUGGACGGUCUGGUCCUCAUCUUGUCCACUCCACUCAGCGCAGUUCAGCUCCGCCAGUCAUCCAGUCAGUAACGACCAGUCCCAGGGUAUUUCAGACCAGACCCAGCAUAAGCUUAGCCACGGCUCGACCAAGCUUUCUCAAUAGGCCUACAGUUCAGCUCUCCUCUCGACCCAGGCAGAGCAGCUCCGAACACGAGGAAGGCGCCCAGGAAACCACUGGUCGACCCUUGGCUUUCAGUAACGGCUUCGAUUCCUUCAGCGCCUUCACCUUUGCUCCAGAAGCUCGGGUCUCCGUUGCGGACGAGGAAGAAACUGGUGAACUAGGUAUUGGGUUUGUUUUUCUACUGGCCGACGGAGUACACACGAUGGUAGAUAAAGAAAAUACAGCUUUAAGAGCAAUUACGUCAUAUCGUAGUUAUCCAGGACAAAUAAACCAGCGUAUCGUGGUUUUCUCAAGUUCUUAUACUUCUAUGAAACCGUCACAAGGCGCUGGUAGAAUACCCUUAUCGGUAAAGGCGUACCCAGGUCGACUCAUACCCUAG